AUGAUGGCCCAUGGGACAGGUAACGCUGCCCUGGUCAGAGAGGUGGACUGCCGGGCCGGGUUGGACAACAUAGGUAUCCAGUGGUGGCUCGUCAGCGGGUGUCAUCCGGGGAACGCAACAAACUUGCCCGCCGCUGCUGACCCAGACACCCAGACCACACAAGGCUUCACCACUCCGGACCCUGAAACGACGCGCGACAGUGGUUCAUAUCAAAAGAAGUAUUUUAAGCACAUUAACCGCACAGGGCUGAAGAAGAACUUCGAUAGCCUUGUGACCCCUUCGUCUACAUCGGCUAAUGUAGACAAGUACCGAACGAACCUGCUGGCCAGAAAGAAACGGUCGCAACGGCGCCGCAUUGCCGGUCCGCUUAUGCGGGUUGCGGCUGGGCAGGCGGAGCUGAGGGCUCCCAACCGCUUCUCUCAGUCACCUCCGGCAGCUCAAUUCGAAACGGUCGAUCGGCAGCCGGGCGAACAAUGA